GCACCGCGUACGCACGUCCUCGGCUUCCCAGAAAUCUCCGACACUGUGUCGCGUACACCGACAGGAGCAGAACCGUCGUAAAGUGGUGUUCUCGUCGGUAGCCGCCGGAGCAGAAAAUGAGGAAGUUUACUGUGUGACAUAGUGCGGGCCAGUGUUGUCAGUAGUCGCGUCGCGCGCGCGGCCGUCGGCCUCUCACUGGACAGAACGGGACAGCGCGCGGCUUCCAGCCGGGCCGCCACUUAGCGAGAAAUAACCAGACUUAACGAGCGCUGCGCCGCACAAACUGUGAAGUAAACAUAAAAGUGACCGAGUGGGCCGUAAUUGGACCAGUACUGUCAGGGCAAUUGACAGUGUCGGACAGAGAGAGGAGCCGGCGUGAAUGAGCCAGAAGAGAGUGUCUGCGCUUCUCCCGUGUUUUGUUUCCUCCGCCGCGAGUGUCCGGCCGCGUAAGGCGGCGGGAAAACCUAGUGCGAAGUGGCUUCUGCUGUUGUCGACCUGACUCCGCCCGCAUGAGCGCGGCUCGCUUCCCGCCAACGCCAGUUGCCAGGAAACGGUUGCCAUUCGAGUUCCCGGUCACGGUUCAGCGAGCGACAGAGCGCGCCAAACCGUUGGCGUGACUGCACAGCACAGGCCGAUCGCGAGUGGAAGGCACUUUCGUUGUCUACGAGCACACUGGAUGCAAAUUAACCAGCCGUCCGUGGCGCUGCACCAGAAGCCGUCAGCUGGCGUCGAGACAUCUAACAGUGGCAGCUCUUUUUCGAAGAUGACGACUAUCGGCAUGAGUCCGUUCUCGCGACUGGAUGUGGUACGCCAGGGCGUUCCCAGGCCAGAACGCCGAGAGAUCAUCAUUUUGCGGAAGGGUCCGAAACCGCAGUCCCCUCCGCUCGUGUCGAUGGUGCCAGUGGCCUCAGCAGUACCGGUGAAAGAGGAGCCCAGCGACGGCGCUACUCCAGUCGCGCCCCCGAUUUCUGGAGGACGCAGGAAGAGGACGAUGGCCUCGAGCAGCCGCAGAGACGGACAACAGCCUCCUCCGCUGGCCGUAGCGCGGCGGAACGCGCGAGAGCGCAAUCGCGUCAAGCAGGUCAACAACGGCUUUGCCAAUCUGCGCCAGCACAUCCCGGCCGCUAUAACGGCGGCGUACGCUGCCGCCUCUGGCGCCGACCUGCGCGCCGGUGGGAUGAACGGAGGCGGUGGCGCUGCUCGGAAGCUGAGCAAAGUGGAGACGCUGCGGAUGGCCGUCGACUAUAUACGCCGACUGCAGCAGCUUCUGGCCGAGGCGGACGGCGUCGAAAUGCCGACGAUGGGACCGGCGUCGGGCGCCGGGAACAACGGCGGCGCCGACUCGCCCCCGGUGCUCAUCGAAGACGACGACGACGAGUCGAUCGCGGGAUUGGACGCCAGCUCCCCGGAGCCGCAGCACAGCGUAGAAGCCGGUUUCCCCAACACGCCGGAAGGCGCCAGCAGCUCGUCUCUGCUCAACUUCGUGGGCGCGACGUCUCCCCAGCGCCAGAACGAGCACUACUUUGCAUCGUUGACGUCGCCGUCGAAGCAUCCCUUCCCACCCCAAACGACUUCACCGACUAGGCAACAACACGUCUCGGAAAGCUGCAUAGUGCCGUCUGUCUUGUCAGUAGAAGAACUCGCCACCAGUUCGCAUUUUAAGCAACAUGACCUGUCUUCACGACUGCCUACUGUGGAGCGGACGCUACUCCUGUCGCCAGACGAGACCGCCGGCCUGUCGCAGGAGAAGUCGGAGGCGCCACACUCGGGACUCGCCUACGACGUCGCGACGCUGGUCUCCGCGGGCGGCGGCGCCACUUCCGGUUUGCUGAGGCCGCAGCUGCCGCUGGCUCUGUCCAGAUCGCACCUGCAGCAGCUGUCCGCUUACGAAGCGGCCGCCGCCUCACCACUGUGCGACGACGCCCUGGACGGCUCUGCGCCGGCGUCGGCCACGUCCACCUUUCUGAGGGCACACCAGCUGGCCGCCAGCCUCGUCGCCCAGGGCUACCACUACACCCUCCAGGUGCCGCCUGCACCGCAUCCAGUGGUCCUCAAGAAAGAACCCUCUGACAGCUCCGACGUCAUGGACGUCAUUGGCUCUUGGUGGGACCACGAGCAGAAGAUGAGGCAGCAGACGGCCACAUAACCGAU